AUGAGUUUCAAAGACCAUGCCCCUCGUUUGGACUUUCUGAGGGACUCCGCCAGCUCUUUAAACUCCGCCAGUCCUUCUACCGCAGCUUAUUUGAUGUCCGUCCAUAAUGGGAUUUAUCGCGACGAGCACAAGGCAUUCAACCAACGCCAACACGAAACGUUCUGUGCAGCUUGUGGUGCUCCUCGGAAGGCAGAAUCGACGAAGACUAUCUUGAUUAAGAAUAACAAGAGAAAGACAGCCGCCCAAGCGGCAAAGGGCCUGCCUACCAACGGAGUUACUAUUUAUCAAUGUUUACGCUGCCGUCGGCGAACAGUCCGAUUGGGAUGCAAAGAUCCUGCACAAGGAAACUCUGCGCCAAAAUCCAUGCCUCAUACGGCUCCAACGGCUCCAAUUGUCAUUCCACAGCUGUCUACUCCUCCAACUGUCACUGCAGCCCCAGUGUCUAGCUCCACGGAUCUGGCCAAGACCAUUAAAUCGGCAGAAAAUGCCAGCAGUAAAAAGCGAGCCAAGGCCAGGAAGCAAGGCGGGCUACAAGCUCUGCUGGCAGCCAAACAAUCCCAGACAAAAGCAUCCCCAUCUCUCGAUCUCUUUGACUUUCUCCAGCAAUAA